AUGGGCAACUGUCUACGGCGGGACGGGGCGGCGGAGCGGUGGGCCGGCGAGGAGUGGGGAUUUUUGGCCGAGGAAAAGCAGGGCUCUGCGGCGGCGCCCACGGCGGCGGCAACGGAGGUGAAGAUCAAGAUCACGAAGAAGCAGCUGGAGGAGCUGCUGGGGAAGGCGGAUGUUAAGGGGCUGUCCGUACAGCAGGUUCUGGCUCAGUUGAUCGCCGUCGGCGACCAGUUUCACGAGUCUCGCCACCGGCCGUGGCGGCCGGUGUUGCAGAGCAUCCCUGAAAUGGACUGA